AUCCGCCAGUCCAUCGCCGAAUUUCUUCAGCGUUGCGGCUUGCAAUAUAAGAACGUCUCAAUUGACGAAGCGUGGUACUCAGAAUGUUGCCAGGAGGCCAUCAACCGCGGCUAUCCGAUGGACCUCAUACUCCCGUACAUGGCCGUUGGCGUGGCUAUAAUGUCCAACGCUUACAACCACCUCCCUGACCGUGCAACCAAGAUAUGGAUCUGCCUCUUCACCUCUGUCUGCACCUACAUCGACGACGUGAUAGACAGGGCUGACGAUCUAGGAGACGUGUACCGUUUCAACGAGCGGUUCGUGAAUUGCCAGCCACAAGGGCAUCCAGUCCUGAAUGCACUCGAUGGGCUCUUACGGGAGGUUGCUUGCUAUUAUUCCUCACCGGUGUCAAAUUUGAUCGUUGCAUCCGCACUCAACUUCAUGUCUUCCAUUUUGCUUGAUAAUGAAACUAAAGAUAUGCCGAUCUCGCCGCAGGCUCCCUCGUACCCCUGGUAUUCUAGACUGUUAUCAGGCUUGUCUGAUACAUACGGACUCUGCAUUUUCCCUUCCACACUCCCGCUUCGGGAAUACGUUCAAUGUAUGCCGGAUCUAACCAUAGUCAUAAACCACACAAAUGAUAUAUUGUCAUACUACAAGGAGGUGAUCGAAGGCGACACCGCAAACUAUCUGUCACUUAUGGCAGCCUCUCGUGCUCUCACUAAAGAGGAUGCUCUGCGCGAACUCGUCGAGAAAACUGUGCAAGCGUAUCACAAUGUCCUCGAGUUAUUGAGACCAUGUGCCGAGGCCUAUGAUGCCUACGUCAGUUUUUUCGAUGGAUAUGUCAAAUUCCAUGCUACCUUAAAAAGGUAUAAGCUGGAGGAGAUCAUGUCAGAGAGGUUGUCUUCGUGA